CGUCGUAAUCAACUAAUGAGAUUAGGCUUGGAUUACUAGUUCUGAAGUCCAAUUUGCAGACUACUUUUGACUGAUUCAGACGUUGAAUUAAGCUGCUUCUGAGAUGCUUGGGCGGUGAAGAAGAAGACGAAGGGCAAAGUCUUCUCACUCGCCACUCGUCAGCAAAUAACAACUCGAUAUAAAAACACUUGUGCCCCUUUGAGAGGUAGGCAGCGGAGGCGCUUUGCGGAUCCUUGAAGUCAUCAUCUGGUUUUUGUCUAUCUAAUACAACUACCCUAGGUUUCCUCUUCGCUGCUCCGAUCUAUAGUCAGCCGACUCCCGAAACAUUACUUGUACGGCGAACCAGGAGAAAGGGACGUGGUGACCCUUUUAUCUGGAUAUAGCUUUUUGAAGUUCCAAUGGGAAAUUGCUUUCGAACUGGUCGAAAAUAUUCUAAUAAGGAUUCCAAGCUUAAUUUCAGUGGCGGAAACGUACAUGUUGUAGAUAGCCAAGAAGACUGGGAUGAGAAAAUCUUAGAAGCAAAUAAAGAUGGCAAAAUAGUUGUCGCAAAUUUCAGUGCUGCGUGGUGUGGGCCUUGCAGGUUAAUUACUGCCUUCUACACAGAGCUUUCUCUGAAGUAUCCUCAAUUAGUUUUCCUGACAGUUGACGUGGAUGAGUUAAUGGAUCUGAGUACAUCCUUCGAUAUUCAUGCAACUCCGACAUUCUUUUUCCUGAAAGAUGGGCAACAAAUAGACAGACUCGUGGGUGCCAACAAACCUGAACUCGCUAAAAAAGUGCUCGCAUUGGCAGAAUCAAGUCAGUCUUUUAACCCAACUAAAUGAUUCUACCUACUGAAGAGCUGUUUCAUAAUAGAUAUAAAGAGUAAAGUGUCAAAAUGGUCCCCUGACUAUUUACAUGUGACCAUUUUAGUCCUAAAGUUUAUAAAAAUGUCGAAUUAGUCCCCACACCCUUUAAAUAUGAAUUGAAAUAUUCCCUAGGAAGGAUUAUAUUAGCCCCCCCUUAAAAAGUUUACAACUAAAUUGAUAUUUUUAUAAACUGUGAGGCUCGAAUAACACCCCCUCAAUGAGCCAAGGACCAUUUUGCCGCUUUUCUCUGGAUGUAAAUCACUUCUCAUUACAGGAAAUUGAGUUGCGUUGCGCAUUCCUCUUGUAUUUUUGUUAUGGAUUUUGAAUUUAGGUGCACUUGAACUGGAAAGUAAAACAUGGCAUUGUGGUAGAAAUGGUAUAUAAUUUUUAGGGAAAUGUACGUACAUGCUACACAAUUUUUAUGUAUUUAUCAGACACUUAUAAGUUUGGUGUCAUAAAUCCACGCAUGAAAAUGUGAAUUUCACUUCUAAAAAGUUGGUGGCUAUGCUAUUUUUGAUGCGGCGGUAAAGAUUUGAGUGGUAUGAAUGUAAAUAUGAAUGUUUAAGUGUUAGAUAUGUGAAUACAUAAGAAUUGUGUUGUGUGUAUGUAAAUACCAUAGU